AUGUCUAACAUUCUUACAAUCACCGAAGGGUUGACCUUCGACGAAAGUCUCCAGGAAUAUCAGGUUCGAGAAUACGAACCACAAGCCGGUGCCCAGCUGAACAAUCCCGGUGCUGAAAUCCGAAUCAACAUCGAAACCCAGGAUUUGUUCCUACACCCCGCCGAGAGUUAUCUCGUGGUAGAAGGUCGACUUCUCAAAAAUGAUGACACAGCAUAUGCCGAUGGCGAUCUUGUGUCGCUCACCCAUAAUGGUAUCAUGUAUCUCUUCAAGAGCAUCAGUUACAGGCUUUCCGGUCAGCAGAUCGAACAUAUUAACGACCCCGGCAUCGCCACCACUAUGCUUGGAAUGUUAACCUACCCCGACGACUUCUCCAAAUCGCAGGGUCUCAACCAACUGUGGUAUAAGGAUUCUUCCGCCGAUGCUGAGGCUGAAAACACUGGAUUUGCAGCCCGUCAUGGAUACAUUAUCACCAAGCCCACCAACAAAGGAUCGUUUUCGUUUGCCAUCCCCCUAAAACAUAUUUUUGGAUUCGCAGAUGAUUACAACAAAAUAGUGUACGGGUUGAGGCACGAACUCUCACUCGUUCGCGAUUCAAAUGCUAAUGCCAUUCUGAGAGCAGCUGCCGUCAACGAUGUGGCAAAAAUCGUCCUGAGUAAACUAUCGUGGUUUGUUCCUCACGUCACCCCCUCAGACGAAAAUAAGAUGCAACUUUACAAAACCAUCCAAAGUAAAUCCAAAAUCCACUGUGGAUUUCGCAUGAGACAGUGUGAUUCCAUAGCCGUUCCCCAAGCCUCACAGUUUAACUGGCGUCUAGCUGCCAAGAGUGGUCGCGAAAAGCCUAGAUAUAUCGUUGUUGCCUUUCAAACCAACAGAAGUGGUGAUCAAACCCAUAAUGCUGCCGUGUUCGAUCACUGUCGAUUGCGAAAUAUCAAUGUCACCCUCAACGCUGAACGUUAUCCAGCAGUCGACUAUAAUGCAGCUUUCAACGAAAAUAGGAUCGCCAGAGUGUUCAAAGAGGCCUCAGACUUCAGAAAGAAAUUCCAUAACAUGGACACUCUCCUCAGUAAUGGUGGUAUCAAUCCCUCCGAUUUCAUCGACUUGUACCCCUUGUUUGUGAUUGAUGUGAGUCAUCAGUCUGAGCGUCUCAAAGAAUCCACGGUGGACAUUCAGAUCCGAGCAGAAUUCGCCCGUAAUGUUCCAGCCAACACCGAAGCGUUUGCACUUGUCAUUUCAGAUAGAAUCCUACAAUUUGAAUCUGAUGGUCAGAAGAUGAACGUUGUGUACUAA